ACAAGAAAAAAUAAAGGAAUAGGCAAUCAAUUUAAAAAAAAAGAAAAAUCGGUAAAGUGAGGAGCUGGAAACCCAAACACAAUGGUCAAAAAGGUCCGGGCGAAUGCGAAGCGCAACAAAAAAACUAAAGAAAAAGAAAACACUGAGGAGCAGGGCAGCCCCGAUGCGGUGGCCACAUCGAAUACAGCCGCAUCCAACGGCAGCAGGAACAACAGCAACACCAGCAACAAUACCAGCGAGCAGCGCUAUGCAGGCCAUGGGCCAAUGUAUACAAUUCUCUCGAACGCGCAAAACUCGGAAACAUUUCACAAGCGCUACAUCAAGGAAAUGAAGCAACUGUACUCCAAGUUGGAUCACGAUGCCUUCAUGUACACAUUCAUCCAAAUGUUCAAAACGAUUCUGGAGGCGGACGAUAGCAACGAGUACGGCAAUACCGCGCUUGCCUUCUGUGCCAAGUUCGUCACCAGCUUCGAGUCGGAGAAAACCCAUCCGCUGCUGGCCGAGACCUUUUCGUGGCUGCUCUCGACAAUUUCGAAUAGCCCGCACAUACGCUAUCGCAUCUGUUUCUUUGUGAAUCUCAUCCUUAAGCAUCUCGGCCCGUACGCGGCUCUCGAUGACUCGCAAUGCGAUCAGAUUCUGUACUACAUGCUGGAAAGGCUGAAGGAUAUCUCGCCCAGCGUGCGAAAAGAGGCGGUGCUUGCCAUGCAGCGUCUCCAGGUGCCCGAUCACCCCAACGAUCAGGUCCUAUGCGCCUAUCAGUACCAUUUGAGCGCGGAUCCCUCGUCCAGUGUGAGGCAGUGCAUCAUUUCGUGCAUGGGUCGCAAUUACUUAACAGUGCCGCACAUACUGCAACGCCUGUGGGACGUGGAUGAGAAGGUGCGCCGUCAUACGUACAUCAACAUGUGCAACUAUCCUGUGCGCUCCUACAAGGUGUCUCAGCGUUUGACGCUGUUGGAGCGCGGUCUCAACGACAGCUCCGAGAAUGUGCGCAAAAAUGUGAUCAAGUACAUGCUGAAGGCCUGGAUCGAGUCAUACCAGAAUAAUUAUGUGAAUCUAGUUGCUGCUCUCAAGCUGGACUCCACCGAGGAGGAGCUGUUGCGCUUUCGACGCGUGGCUCGUCAAAUGCUGUUCGUGAUCUUCGAGCAACACAAGGACUAUACGGAUCUGCUCGCCCAGCUGCCCCUCACCGAGGACUGUGAGCUGCACUGUUGUGUCCCGCGCGAGUCGCUCACCGUCGAGCUUGUCCUCUACUGGCAAUGCCUUAGCGCCUACUUGCAACAGAUCCAAGCUGACGAGUUCGAGCAGGUGCUCCCAGAACUAAGCAUCUUCUGUGACUAUGUUAAGCAAUUCUGUCAAUUCCAGAAGCCAGAUAUGGACAAAUUCGCUCAGAUCGAAUUUCAGACUAUGCUCCUCUCGUUAGUGGAAAUGCUGGAGACCUACGAUCUGGGCGAUGAAAUCGGACGUGACAAUCUGAAGGAGCUAAUAUCGCACCUGCUGAGGGAAUGCCGGCUGGAUCCGAAAAUCGUGGCCGUGCUCGUGCGCUGCAUGGAGCGCCUGGAGACCGAUGUGGCUGCCCGUAUGCAAUAUUUUCUGACUAUCAUCUAUGACAUAUGCGAGCUGAAUACCAAGCAAAACGAUCUAGUGCACGAUCGGGAACUGACGGAUAUGUUGCUUGAGAAUGUGGAGACAUCGUUGGUCAUGAAGAUCAGAUCGCUGAAAGUGCGAAUUCUCGAUCUCGAGGAGAUGGAGGAUAACUUUGCCAUGCAAAAGGAAUAUAUGCGUGCCCAAGCGAUAAACAACGAGCGAAUGAUCCUGACUGAUGAGUAUAGGGAUUUGAUACAGCCGCUACUCGAAAAACAUGGACAGCUGCAGCUGCCCACACGGCCCAAGCUGUCGAAGCAGGAGCGUGUACUCAAGGGAUUGUACAUAUCCUUUUACAUGGUCGCCUCUGAGCAUGUACACAGCCUGAAUCCCAGCCUGUGCAAGCUUUACAAGGACUUCAUUUGCCGCCACUUGCCUUCAACGGAGCAGGAUAUCUUCGAGUGGUCCAUGAAGUGCGGCACCACGUUCAGUCUCCUGUACGAGGCGUACACCAAGGAGGUGUUUGAUGUGCUUGUCGAAGAGUUCUACAAGAACAACAAUUUGCGCCUUUGCGAAAUAUCCGCGCAGUGCGUUUGCGAGCAAAUGGAUCACUACGGCGUCGACUUCUUUAUGGAUAUGGGUCAAUCUGUCGUGGGUCCCAAAACGAAGCGGCGGCUGUUGUUCACCAGGCAGGACUUUGACGGCGAGGAGGACAUAAGUCAAUCGCAAAGCGGCGAUCAAAAUGCGGACAUCAUUAGCAUGAUGGGCUUCUUUGUCGAGAAGGUUGUGGACAAGAACAUCCUGCUGGCCAUUGUGCGCGGCCUGUGUCGCCUGGUGCUGCGUGGUCAGCUGGACAAUCGCCCUGAAGUGCUAGAGAAGCUGCUCAAGCGCUACUUUAAUCCCAACACGGAACCCAUAAUCAACCAGGUACUCGGCAUGUUCUUUGAGAAUAUUGUGGAGCAAAAGCUGCAGCAUUUACUGGAGCCUUGCCUGCUGCCGAUCGUGUGGUCUGUGAUGAGCUGCAGCAACGAUUCGCUGAACGAUGUGUUGCCGGAUCAUGUAACCAAGUUCUUCAUCGAUCUCACAACGCAGGUGUCGAGCACGCCCCAGAGCAAUAUACACAAUCGCAUCGCGCUCAGCUUUCUGCACUACGUUCACAACUUCUACACGGAGCGCAAAGAGAUGUGUCGCCUGCUGACCAAAGAGCUGACCACGCUCAAGCUGAAUGUGCUCAACAACUCACAGUUGAAGGACGAAAUGCAGGAGCUGGCUGACAAGUUGGUCAAUAGUGAUCUGGAGCCACGCAUGAUUAAGAACAUUGAGGACUUUAAAAAUAUGCUAAAUGGCAGCUUCAAGCCGCCUGCCCGCAAGACCGAUGGCAAUGACAGCGAGGCAGACGCCGAGGAGUGUGAGAGUAUCACGGCCACCACAGUAUCCACAUCGGACGGCCCUGCUCAAGAGCCUGCAGCGCCAGUUGUUGCCGAGAGCGAAGUACCUGCACCAGUAGAUAAAACUACAACAGAAACUGCAGCAGUCACAGAGCCAGCAGCAACCGAGGCAGCGCCUGCGCCGACUGCGGCUGCGGCUGCAGCUGCGCCUGCAGAACCUGUGCUAACCACUUUCGGGGCCAACAAUGAGGUUGGCUUACGCUUCUUGCGGCGUUCGCUCUACAACUCGGAUAGCGAAAGCAUAGGCGAAUCAAAAGCGCCCACACCAACGCCAACAGCAGCGGCUGAGGCAGAGGCGAAGGCGUUAGAGAGGAAGAAACAGCAGCAGGAGGCCACAGAAAUCAGUCGUCGUAAUCUGCGCAGGGAUAAAACCAAGCAGCAGCUGGAGCGGGCAAUAGCGCGUGCCUCAAAGACGCCCGAAAAGGAGCCUGAGCCAGCAAAAGUCGUAGCUCCAAUAGUGGACGAAGAGGAUGAGUAUGUGGAUGUAGAAUCUCAAGGCGAAGACGAAAUUGUAGAAGUUGUUAGCCCUGUUCAAAGCCAGUCGCACAAUGAAUCGGAGGAAGUAAUCGUGGAUUCGCCCACAACCGCAUCGCCAGAUGCAAGCAGAGCGGUAAAUGCGAGUCACCUGCGUCUGCGCUCGAUGCGCAAUCGAAACGCGAAUGGCAACGCGCGCAAUACGCCAACGGGCAGCAAACGCAAAGUGCUUCAUCUAGAUAUACAAACACCGUUGCGCAAUGGACGCAAGCGUGUCCUGCGCAAAUCGCUGAUUGCAACGCCGACUGCGACGCUGGCUUCCUCUUCGCCAUCCACCGAUUCGGGGAAAUCCUCUAAGCGCAUUUCGCCACUCCGCAAGCAGCAACGACUCGACGCCAAAGCGAUGCCCCGAAGACGCAGCAGCGUGUCAAUGGCAACUCCAGCGGAACGGGCGAUACCAGCAUCAAAGAGCACAGCGAGUCCCACGGACAGCAGCUGUUCCUCCAUCAAGGAGAACACGGCACCUACAUCAUCUGUACCUGCAUCUGUAUCUGUAUCCGUAUCCGCAUCAGCAACAGCGCCAGCACCAAAGUCCAAUCACAAGACGCCACAGCCUAGCAGGAGGCGUUCCGCAUCCCAUCUGAACAGCAGCACGCCCGUGAACAGGAUAUUAACACGUCACUCGGCGCGCAAGCUGCGUAUGAAUAACAUGUGCAUGACCCGCAAACGGUUAUCCCAAGAGCUGAGCAUGACCGAAGGACAUCUCAAGGUGUCCACACCCAAGCGCGUGCGCCAGGACAAAGCAACACACAAGAAAAACAAAUCCAGCGAACGUGCCACAGCACACACAAGCAGUUCAAAGAGCUCCACGCCGCGCACCAGGGCGAAUGCCCCAGAAGCCCCCAUAGCAACCCGCACCCGUCACAAAUAGUCUCCAUUCCUCUGACCCCCACCCCUUCUUUCUGUGUAAUGUAUUCGAUUAAGAUAUAUUUAAAUAUUAUGUCUGUUUUAAAUGUUCAUUAACCCUGUAAGUUUCAUGUAUAAUACGUGUCAUGUUUCAAUAUACUUAUUUAAAACAAAUGU